AUGGGGGUGGGGGGUGGGGAUGGUACUGGUGCUACUGGUGCUACUGGUGGUACUGGUGGUGGUGGUACUGGUGGUGGGAGCCCCCCCGGACGCGUGACAGCCCCCCCAGAAGGCUCCCGGCGUGCCCCCCCCCCCCAGCGCUCGCCUUUUGUGUCACCCACCCGUGACCGCGUCCUCCCUCCGGCUCCGUCCUUGUUUUAUUUUUUGGGGGGGGGGAUGCUCGGGGCUUUAUUGAUCCUUUAUUUAUAUUUAUUUAUCUAUCUAUUUAUUUAUUUUUUUUUUUGGGGGGGGGGCGGUGAUGUCACCCCGCCGCUGGGUCUCCCCCCCACCCCCCACCCCACUAUGCCCGUGGGGACCCCCCCGGCUGUCCCCGCAGCGAGGCCGCGGGACGUUUUGGCUGCCCCCCCCCCCCCCCCCCCGGAGCCAUCUCCGCUGCCCGACAGGAGCCGCUUCCCUCCGUGUGUCCCCCCCCCGUGCCCCCCCCUCCCCACGGCACCCCACGACCCCCGUCCCGAGUGGGGUGGGGGCACAGCCGGGGACAGCGCCGGGGCCACCCCGCUUUUGGGGCACCUGGCACAGGGCCGCGUCCCGGCAGCUUUGGGUUCAUCGCCCCCCCCCCCCCCAAAAAAAAAUAACCCACCCGUGUCCCGUCCCCCCCCCGCGAGGCUCCAUCGCCGCAUCCCUGCGUGGGGCGGGGGCCGCGGGUGGCAGGAAGAGGAAGCGGCCCCAGCCGUGGGUUUGGGAUUUUUAAAGGGCCUGGGGCUGCGCCCCUCCCCUGGGCCCCCCCCCUCCCAUGUCCCGACCCCCCCCCAAGUGGGGUCAGCCCCCCCCCCCCCCCAAUGCGUGCCGUGGGGCCGCGCACCCGUGGGUGCCUCCUGUCCGUCCUGGGGGGUGCAGCGACAGGCUGGGGGUGGGGGGGGCUCAGGGCAGCGCCCCCACUUUUGGACAUGGGGGGGCUCUAUUUUGGGGGGGGGGGCAUCACCUUUAUAGCAGCCCCCCCUCUCCAGCUGCUAUGGGGCGGG